AUGAUUCAUGAAUCGCUCGCGUGCUCAGCCACGCUCACGUCUCCCGGGCACGUCUGCGGCAGCACCACUCCACACCCACACUCCGCCCAUCGGCUGCCAUGGCGACCAGGGCGGCGGCGGCAGCCACGCUCACGGCGGCUACGUCCUCUCUUCUUAGGCGCUCUACCUCGCUGCGGCCGCAGGGUCUCCGGGUCCCCCACCGCGUGCCUCCCCAAAGGUUUGUGCGCCAUAUUGCUUCAUCAUCAAACGAGGAAGCUGCUGCCAGAGCAGCCGCCGCCACUGCUGACGCUGGAGGACCAACCAUUUUCGACAAGAUCAUUGCGAAGGAAAUCCCUUCGAGCAUCGUAUAUGAAGAUGAAAAUGUGCUGGCAUUUAGAGAUAUUAAUCCACAAGCCCCUGUGCACGUUCUAGUCAUCCCAAAAGCGAGAGAUGGGCUAACCGGAUUAGACAAGGCUGAGCCAAGGCAUACAGAAAUCCUGGGCCGGCUCCUUUACGCAGCGAAAGUAGUGGCAGAAAAGGAAGGUGUAGCGAGUGGGUACCGUGUUGUCAUCAACAAUGGUGCUGAAGGAUGCCAAUCUGUCUAUCAUCUGCACCUGCAUGUACUUGGUGGAAGGCAGAUGAAGUGGCCCCCUGGUUAUUACGAAGGGUGACAUGUUUGAUUUCCUGUACCCCUCUGUGAGUUGAGUUUGCUGCUUGUAUGACUGUUGUUGCAAAGGGAGAAAGAGUGGUUGGUGUACUAGUAUCUGCCCCUGUGAUGAUGGCCCCUUUGAGCACUCAUCUCUGGAAGUACUGAGCUUAUGCAGCAUUUUGCUAAGG